AUGAGGGGUGGAGCAGCAGCAUUUGAUUUGGCAAUUGGCUUAAGCAAGGCUGUGAUCUCAGCCUCAAACAAGAAGGGAAGGCAAUGUUUGUGGGGUUCUCAAGUGGAGGAGACACUCCACAGGUUGGGAUGGCGCCAAUGCCUGACCCCAUCACUGGUGGCCAAUGUCAUAGACCCUUUCCUCCUCGCUCACCAUUCCCUUGCUCUUGGCUUCUUUAAUUGGGCCUCUCAGCAGCCUGGCUUUGCCCACACACCCUUCACCUUCCACUCACUCCUCAAAUCACUCUCACACACCAACCACUUCACUGCCAUUCAUUCACUCCUCAAACAAGCCAAGGCCCUCAACUUUCCCAUCCAUCCUUCCCUUUGGAGCUCCAUUAUAGCAUCCCAUGUUGCCCACAACCGUGCUCGGCAAGCCUUUUCGCUCUUUGGUAGUUUUGCUCCACUUUGUGCUGAAAUUGGAGGGCCCACGUGUAACUCGCUCUUGGCUGCCCUUGCCUCUGAUGGGUGCUUGGAAAGUGCCUGCCAGGUGUUUGAUGAAAUGAAUAAGAGGGGUGUUGGUUUCAGCACGCUGGGAUUCGGGGUGUUUGUUUGGCGGGUUUGUAGAGAGGGUGAUUUGGAGAGGGUGGUGAGCUUGAUGGGUGAGGUCAGGGAAUGUGGUUCUGAAAUUAAUGGCUCUGUUGUGGCAGUUUUGAUUGUGCAUGGGUUGUGUCGGGCUUCUAAGGUAUCAGAGGCUUCGUGGAUGUUGGAUGAACUCAGGAGUAGGGGAUGGAAACCUGAUUUCAUGGCUUACUGGGUUGUUGCAGCAGUGUUCCGGUCAAUGGGAAAUGUGGCUGAUGAGGUGAAGGUUUUGAAGAUGAAGAGGAAGUUAGGGGUGGCUCCUAGAAGCAGUGAUUAUAGGGACUUGAUACUUGGCUUGCUUUCGGAGAGGCGGAUUUGUGAAGGAAAAGAAGUUGGGGAGGUUAUAGUUGGUGGUAAUUUUCCGGUUGAAGAUGAUGUUCUCAAUGCAUUGAUAGGAUCCGUAUCAAGUGUUGAUCCUGGUGCGGCGAUUAUGUUUUUCAAUUUCAUGGUUGAGAAACAGAGGUUCCCAACUAUUUUGACCAUCAGUGAUUUGAGUAGGAAUCUGUGUAGGCAUGGCAAAGUCGAUGAAUUGUUGGAGGUGUUCCACGUUUUGGAUUCUCAAAACUACUUCAAAGAUGUGGAGGGUUUCAAUGUAAUGGUGUCAUUUUUGUGCAAGGCUGGGAAAGUUAGAGAAGGCUAUACUGUUCUGCAGGAGAUGAAGAAGAAAGGGUUUCGCCCCAAUGUCUCUUCAUAUAAUUACAUAAUGGAAGCAUGUUGUAAGGAGGAUCUACUGCGUCCUGCAAGGAAGCUCUGGGAUGAGAUGUUUUCGAGUGGCUGUUGCGGGAACUUGAAAACAUACAACAUUCUUAUACAAAAAUUUUCUGAGGUGGGACAAGCUGAAGAAGCUCAAAUGCUCUUUUACCACAUGUUAGACAAGGGGGUGGAACCUGAUGUUAGAAGUUACAGUUUUCUUCUAGAAGGGCUCUGCCAAGAAGACAAGCUUGAAGCCGCUUUUGAGCUCUACAACAAGUCUGUCAAACAGGACAUCAUCCAUGCAGUAGACAUAUUGAAGUCGUUUAUAUUAUCACUCUGCAGGAAAGGACAUUUUAUGGCUGCAUCCAAAUUACUUUGCAGUCUCAAUCAUGACAUAGGAUGUGCAGAAUCCCAUGUAAUUUUGUUGAAAAGUUUGUCAGAUGCACAAGAGAUUCUAAUAGCCAUUGAGCACUUGAAGUGGGUUCAGGAAAAAUCACCUUCGAUACUACAAGAUAUAUGUACUGGACUUUUGGAUUCUCUUUCUUCUGCCACACGCCCAGAGCCAAUGUUACAAUUUCUUCAAAGAAUACAAAAUGUGUUUGAUUUCCCAUACUUUGAAGGAUCUCGAAGGCAAAUGUACAUCGACAUAUUUUUGGAAUUCAAGUUAAUCAUAGCAAGGAUAAAGCCUUCAAAGCAUAGUAGUAAUGUUCCAUUUCAGCUUGCUGCUCAUAUGGUUGUCCUGGGAUGA